UGCAUAAUCUCGGCUCCCUCGCCUUGGCGCCGCCGAAAACUCGCGAAUCACAACGCGCCGUCCGCGGAGCCUUCAUUUGCAUACAGCCUCUAUAAGUACCGAGUCCCUUCCGGUAGGCCCCCUGUCCUUCUGCCGCGCUCGCGUCCCGGGUCGGUUUUUUUUGCAGCUCCUGCCACUCGCGCUCCUCGCCAUGCCCGAGCCGGCCAAGUCCGCUCCGGCUCCCAAGAAGGGCUCCAAGAAGGCCGUCACCAAGGCCCAGAAGAAAGACGGCAAGAAGCGCAAGCGCAGCCGCAAGGAGAGCUACUCCAUCUACGUGUACAAGGUGCUCAAGCAGGUCCACCCCGACACGGGCAUCUCGUCCAAGGCCAUGGGCAUCAUGAACUCGUUCGUCAACGACAUCUUCGAGCGCAUCGCAGGCGAGGCGUCCCGCCUGGCGCAUUACAACAAGCGCUCGACCAUCACGUCCCGCGAGAUCCAGACGGCCGUGCGCCUGCUGCUGCCCGGCGAGCUGGCCAAGCACGCCGUGUCCGAGGGCACCAAGGCCGUCACCAAGUACACCAGCUCCAAGUGAGCUCCUCCCGGGACGCCGCGCUCGCUUCCGCGCGGGUCGCCGGCAGCUUCACUCCAAAGGCUCUUUUCAGAGCCACCCACUCUAUCACUGAAAGAAGCUGGUUGGUCCUUACCGAUCUUUAUUAGGGUAUCCACGUAUUUGGCAGCCCAUAUACCAACUUAAUAUUUUGGUCUAAGGCCUGUGCGCUAGCUGGAGGGAAAGUGAAAGUGAAGAGUCGUCUCCCGCGGGAAAUGGCAAUCCGUUCUUUAAGUUGGGUCCAGCUUCACUAACCAGCACGCCACCAGCUAUCCCCUUGAACAUUUAACUUUUGAUAGCGAGAAAAACAGGGGCUUUGUAUUCGAAUGAGAGCUUUCUUGGAAGUACAGGGUCGUGGAGCCAACAGGCAGCGUGGUAGUUGGGGAACCGGAUUCCCACACGGGGGACUGAGGUUAUAAGUCCUGGAAAAUCACCAUGUGCGUAGUCAUGCGCUCCUAAAUCCCAGGAGGAAAAAUGUAGAAGGGAUUUCCGCGUGGCCUUCACCCCCAGGAGAUGAUUUCUCACGUUCUGUCCGUGUCUUGUCUCUCCAGUAAAUAAGCGGGCUUUAUGAUAUUAAAUCAUAACAAAACAAACUUCAAACACAAAAACCACAUGCUCAUAAAAACACAGUUUACUCCUCUAAAGUGACAUUGACAGUGUUUACUGGGAAGCGUGGUAAAGUGUAAAGCAGUGGUUAGUCUAAAUCGAGAUGAUAUCAUGACAGAACUGUAUGUAUUUUAUUUUCUUUUGGGGGGGGAGGCGUUUCUUAUUGGUCGGUGCGCUCGCCAGAAAGAGA